AGUUCAACUAAAAUAGAAAACCUUAUAUAUCCGGUGAAAAAAAAAACUCAUUCUGUAGUGAUACCAGAUAUUAAUCAUAUCUAUUCUAUCCAUCAUACAUGCCACGGAAAAAGCAGCAAUGUGGUUUUAGGAUCCCUUGGAUCUCAGGUCCUUCCACUGAAUCUCAUUCUCCUCCUCCAAAACAAAAAUCAAAAUCUGUUUCCACUCAUCAUCGACCACCAUUUCGUCCUCCUGGAAUAGCCUCUACCCCUCCACAACCUCCUCCGAAUGGAACCCCAAAAUCUAAACCUCAACAAGUGUCAAAUUUUCUUCCAUCACACUCACCAGCACCUUCAGUGAUCAUUAAUUCCCCAGUGUCUUUUCAGCCAGAAUCCCUUUCUACACCUUCAGAGCCAAAUGUGGAGGAAUUGGAGUUGGAUAGUACUCCUACUCAGAAUUCCAAUUCCAAUGCCCCUUUGGAAACACAAAGCAAACCCCACCAAUCUAAAUCAAAUGGCAACACCAUAGAGAGAAAGAUGAUGGUUGCCACGUCCACUCCUAGCGGGAAAGACAUCCAAGUGGUGCCACCAGCUUCAACAUCAGCGACCAUACCAUUAUCCCACGAGGAAAACCCCACUAUCCAAAAAGAUAUUAAUGAUAUUUCAGCUCUGAAUCCAACAUUGAACGUGGAUGACAAAACAAUUAGUGUGGUAACUCUGGCUGGUGACAACAGAGGAGUGACAAUGCACGUGGCGGGUUCUCACUCAACUAGGCCCAAACCUGAAGGUAAGAAGAGCGCGUCCACGGAGAAAGAUGAAGCGGGGAAGACAUACGUAAACAGCAACAUUCAGAGCAUCAACAAUUCGAUCAUGUCGAACGGUUCCAUCAAUGGAAGAGACCCUGGUGUUCGUGUUAUUCUCCCCCAACAGCCUCAGCCUGAUGUGAAACAACCGUGUUUGGAAAAACCUAAGGCUGAAGUUAGCAUUAACCGUGUGGAGAGGGUGCCUUACCGGCCCGUUGUUCGAAGACGAUGCCUCAGGGGACUUUUCCAUGAACCCAGUGACUCUGAACCUCAUAACCCUGACAAGCCUCGUCGUCAUGGUUGCAAGUUUAGAUGCGGAGACAUUGAUAUAAAGGAUAAGGAUGCUGCAACAAAAUAAUGAACAACGUGGUCUUAUUUACUUGAGACAUGACAGAAUACCAUACCAGGGCCUUUGUUUUGAUGUUUCGUGUCAGUAACAUCCAUCGUUUGUGCUGUUCUUUUUUAAUGUCAAGUUUGUUUAUUGGGGAAACUUGCAACUGUCUCUAGUUUACAAGAACAAUUACUGAGUGUGAUGAGUGAUGACCAUUCAGCUUUCUUUCAGAAGCUGCUUUUUGUUAAUUAAUAGUCAAAGCAGUGAUUCAGAGAGGGGAUAAAAAAAAAUUCACUAGUGAA